AUGGGUGGCACUAGAAGUGAUGUCUUCACUGAGAAAGGGUUUACAAAUUGGAGGAAAGGACCCAAAAAUCUUCGAGCCCAUGAGGGAGGUGUUGGAAGUCUUCAUAAUAAAGUUGUACGACAAGCUAGAGAUUUGAUGACACAAAAACAACACAUUGAAACAUUUGUGAUUAAGCAAACCAAUGAAGCUCGCAAUAAUUAUCAUACUUUCUUGAGUGCCUCACUUGAGUGCACAAGAUGGUUGUUGGGAAAAGGUUUGCCUUUUCGUGGUCAUGAAGAAUCGUUGAAAUCAAGCAAUAGAGGUAAUUAUUUGGAGCUUAACCAAUUUCUUUCCAAGCAUAAUAAGCCAGUUAGGAAGUUUGUGUUUGAGAAUGCUCCCAAGAAUCUUAAGUAUACUUCUUCCGAUAUUCAAAAAGAUCUUGUCUGUGCUUGUGCCAUUGAAACUAUAAAUGCAAUCACUAAAGAUAUGGAAGGUGAAUUUUUUUCUCUUUUGGUUGAUGGAUCACGUGAUUCUUCAACUAAACAGCAAAUAGCGGUGGUAUUGCGUUAUGUGAACAAAAAAGGAGAAGCAAUUGAAACGUUUUUGGGUGUGCAACAUGUCUCCUCUACAACUAGUAGCUCGCUUGAAGAGGCUAUUGAGAGAUUCUUUGCUACAACACAUUUGAGUAUGUCUAAGUUACAAGGACAGGGCUAUGAUAAAGCUAGUAAUAUGAAACAUGAGCUAAAUGGCCUUAAAACAAAGAUUUUGAACAAGUAUCCUCAAGCAUUUUAUGUUCAUUGUUUUGCACACCAACUUCAACUAGCUCUUGUAGCUGUUACAAAGGGAAUUGAGGGUGUCACCAUUUUCUUCAACAAUGCUAGUAUUUUGGUCAAUACUAUUGGAUCAUCAUGUAAGCGUCGUGAUGCAUUUAGAGAGAAACAAUAA